AUGCGCAGGAAGAAGCACAAGCACACCCGCCGCACGCUGCGCUUCUACAGAAUACAGCAUGGCUUCCGCCCUCCCUACAAAGUGCUGCUGGACGGCAACUUUGUGCACGCCCUGGAGGCCAUGAAGAAGGGCGAGAGCAAGGACCUGAUUGGGCGGCUGUUGGGAGAGGCGGUCAAGUGCUACACCACGCUCUGCGUGCAGGGCGAGCUGAAGAAGCUCGGCAAGGAUUUCACGGGCAUCCGCCAGGUGCUCAAGCACUACCCGCUGCACAAGUGCGGGCACGAGGAGCGCUGCUCGGCCGCAGACUGCCUGCUGGCGCAGCUAGGCGAUAAGAACGAGGAGCACUUCCUUGUGGCCACCCAAGACAAGGCGCUGCAGCGUCGGUGCAUGGCGGUGCCGGGAGGCGCCGUGCUGUUUGCCUCGGUCAACGGCGUGCACCUGGAGACACCCUCAGCCAUGCAGAAGCAGCAGGCGAAGCAGGAGGAGCAGCGGCACCUGGUGCCCAGCCAGGCGGAGCUGCAGACGGCGGCGCUGCGGGAGGUGGCGGCGGCGCGGGAGCCGGCCGACCGGCCGCUGGUGCGGCGGAAGAAGGCCAAGGGGCCCAACCCGCUGUCCCUGCUGCCCAAAAAGAAGAAAGCAGCAGCAGCAGCAGCAGCAGCAGCAGCAGCAGCAGCAGCAGCAGGAGGAGGAGGCGGCGGAAGCACCGCACAGCAGCAGCCGGCCGGCGGCAGCGGCGAGCAGCAGCAGCAGCAGCCGGGAACGCGGAAGAAGCGGCAACGGCGGCGUGGCAGGGGCGGCGGCGGCGGCACGGGCGACGGUGGCAGCGACUAGCACCCUUCCCUGUCCUGUCCUGUCCUGUCCUGUGUCUCCUUCCAAAUGCUCAUCAUGCCAUUUAAAAAAAAUACAAGU